CGGGGUGCGCGUUGACUCGCCCCCGGAGAGCUGGAAAAGCCGGGGGACCUAGAGGAGCUUGUGGCGUUGCUGGAGGAGGAGGACGAAGCCAUGGGGAGCGGGGCCAGCGCCGAGGACAAGGAGAUGGCCAAGAGGUCCAAGGAGCUGGAGAAGAAGCUCCAGGAGGACGCGGAUAAGGAGGCCAAGACCGUCAAGUUGCUGCUGCUUGGGGCCGGAGAGUCCGGGAAGAGCACCAUCGUGAAGCAGAUGAAGAUCAUCCACCAGGAUGGGUACACGGAGGAGGAGUGCAUGGAGUUCAAGGCCAUCAUCUACGGCAACAUCCUGCAGUCCAUCCUGGCCAUCGUGCGCGCCAUGUCCACGCUGGGCAUCGACUACGCCGAGUCCUCCUGCGCG